AUGGCAGCACCCAAGGUCGCAGUAGUUGGUGCGGGAGUCAUUGGCCUGUCCACAGCGCUGUGCAUCAUGGAGACUUAUCCCAGCUGCUCCGUGACCAUCCUUUCAGAGCAGUUCAGCCCCAACACAACAAGUGAUGUUGCAGCUGGGAUGCUCAUCCCACACACCUACCCAGACACACCGAUCCAUGUGCAGAAGCAGUGGUUCAAAGACACCUUUACUUACCUUUUUGCCAUCAGCAAUUCAGCCGAGGCAUCAGAGGCUGGCAUUCACCUGGUUUCUGGGUGGCAGGUCUUUAAAAACACUCCCAAGGAAGAGUUACCUUUCUGGUCGGAUGUUGUCCUGGGAUUUCGACCAAUGUCCAAAGCAGAACUCCAAAAGUUUCCACAGCAUCAGUCUGGUCAGGCCUUUACAACACUGAAAUGUGACUGUCCACCCUACCUGUUGUGGCUGGAGAAAAGGUUGAAAGCAACUGGCGUCCAGAUGUACCCCAGAAAAGUUGCAGACUUGUGGGAGCUGCACAGCAAAUAUGACAUCAUUGUCAACUGUGCGGGCAUUGGAGCCCACAAGCUGGUAGGGGACAAGAAUCUCCUUCCCGUCAGAGGACAAGUACUCAAGGUUCAUGCUCCUUGGGUGAAAAACUUCAUUCGGGAUGGGGAUGGCUUAACUUACAUCUACCCAGGGAUACACAGGAUAACCCUGGGGGGAACCAGGGAAGCAGAGAACUGGAGUCUCUCCCCUGACCCUGGCACUACCAAAGACAUCUUUAACAGAUGCUGCUCCCUUGAGCCCUCGCUGUGGGGAGCUCAAGAUAUUCAGGUGAAGGUGGGCUUGAGGCCAUCCAGGCAGUGUGUGAGACUGCAGAGAGAAGUCUUGAGUCAAGGAGGAGUUAAGCUCUGGGUGGUCCACAACUAUGGUCAUGGUGCAGGUGGCUUUUCAGUGCACAGGGGCACAGCCAAAGAAGCUGCUUGCCUCGUGGGAGAGUGCAUUGCUUCCCUGCAGCGCUCCUCAUCAAGGGCCAAGCUUUGAAUCCCAGAGGCUCCCUUUCCAUUUACAACAGGCUAGUGUGGCAUCUCCUAGUAGCAGCUUUGGACUUGUAUUCCAUUACUGGAUAGAAGAAACCUAAGACAACAUCUUAUGCCAUUGCAGAGGCUGAGUGAUAUUUCACCUGGCUUUGAGCUGCCACUUUGGAAAUUCAUGAUGAGUUGAUUCAAAUAUUUGUCCAGUAUUUCUCCUCCUCCGUCUGGCAUUGUUUCUGCCCCUGGGCAUUUCUAUUAGCCUCAUGUUAAAGAGAAGGCAGGAUAUUUAAAUAUUCUUCACAUAAUGGGGGUCACAUUGCUGCAGUAUUUAGUAUUUCUUCAUGUGUAGCUGGAGGAUAUCGGAUGCACUAGGUUCAUAUUCAGUAAAAACUAGUUGUUUCCUCUUGUGCCAAAUCUAAUCUAGUAUUGCCUUUACUCCUGCCAUCUUGCUAACAAACUUUACAAUUUUCCAUAUGAUUUACAAGGAAGAUUCCUGCAGUACUGCAUUCCAGUGCUCAGGGUCAGCUCUUACAGAAAGCAAUGUCAGUGCACAGUGACCAGGCAAGUGUGAUUUUAAGAGCAGGUAUGUGACACUGAUCACUGCAUUUGCCCAUAUUACGCCUCAGGCAGCUUAAUGCAAAGUUUUGAGAGAAGUUGCCCUAUAUGAGCUGUGGGUUUUAGAAUCUUUUCUCACACCUGUUUGCAAAUCUCUCUUUUUUUUUUGUCCCCAAGCCUCUCAGAUUUUGCUCUGUGCAGACACAGAUGAUUUUUUUCCUCCCAAGAGCAGCAUUGACAUGGCUUAUGUUUGACCGAGAGGGUUUAUCAGGGUGGUCUUGGGAGUGCAAGCAUCCAUCUUCUACUUUGCAUUGGCACUGGCUGCUUUCCUUACAACAGCUGGUAUGAAUGAAUCUGAGACAAACCAACAAGGAUCUUAA